CCCCUCGCUACCGCUGUCAAGGCGGCUGCGUCUGCUGUGUCGAGAGUCAGUGUCAGAAUACGGUCAACUGUGCAUUCAUGGGAGGCCAUUGUGACUCGGCCUGUGAAGACGAUGAGUUCGAUUACCCGGAUCUUUGUCCGUCCGGAAACUGUUCCUGCUGCGUGAAAAACGAAUGCACGCAAAGUAAAUGCUGCAGUUUUUCUGGAGGGAGAUGCGACAGGGCUUGCAAUGAUGGAGAAAUUGCAGAAGAAGAUCUUUGUGUCGGAGACUGUGUUUGCUGCUUCCAAGACACGUGCCCGGACAGCCCCAAGUGCCAGGCGCUGGACGGGCGCUGCGUGGAGAGCUGUGAGGCCGACGAGCUGGCCGUCCCGUGGCUCUGCGGAGGCGAAAACUGCACCUGCUGCGUCAAGAACAACUGCAACCAGACCAAGUGCUGCGAAGCCUUCGGCGGAAGCUGCGGCAAAGUGUGCUACGAAGGCGAGGCGCCCAUCGAGGACGUGUGCGAAGGAACGUGCCAAUGCUGCGUCAAGGCUCCGUGUGAGCAGAGCACCUGCUGCACCGUGCUGGGCGGCAGCUGCAACGCCACGUGCGGCCGAGGCGAGAGAGCCGUCGAGGGCGUCUGCAACGGAGAGCACUGCCUCUGCUGCGUGCCAACCGACCCUUGUUCCGACAGCUCGGAAUGCCUAAGCAUAGGAGGCCACUGCGACCGAUCCUGCGAGAGCAAUGAGGUCGGUUAUCAUUAUUACUGCCAUGACACUUCUUGCCUCUGCUGCGUCGAGAGGACGUCAACGCCACCUUUGCCGACCACACCGCCAGCACCAACUACGACUGCGCCCAAAUCGUCGACCUCAACUCCAACUAAUUGCCAAGACACAGACACCUGCUGGGAUAGAAAUGGUUACUGCAACUACACCUGCAACGUUGGCGAAGUCAGUCUCAGUGGUUACUGCAAUUCCGAAUCUUGUCGAUGCUGUUCUGAAAAUCCGUGCACGACGACCACCGAGUGCAGGGAUGCCGGCGGGGUGUGCUCCCCGGGUUGCCGCAGGGCCGACGUCGUGGCUCGAGCAGAGCUUUGUCCAUAUCCCGAAUGCACUUGUUGCAUCGGAGCCGAUCCGUGUCCUCAGACGACUAACUGUGAAACCAGAGGAGGUUACUGCGGUGAAGCUUGUGGCACUGGUGAAGCGAGUCUCAGUGGCCUCUGCGCCAGCGAUUCCUGCUCCUGCUGCGUCCUGACGGGAAACCUGUGCCCCGAUACUAGGACAUGUACAGCAAGCGGGGGAAGUUGCAGCCAAUUCUGUCACACAGCCACGCAAGAGGUGAUAAAUGGCAUCUGCACAUAUUGACGAGUGUCGCUGCUGUGUUGAUACAUUACAAGAUUGUGGCCAGCUGCCAGAGUGCGAAGAUGCGUUUGGCAUAUGUAAAACGGCCUGCGAUAGUAAUGAGGUGACCCUAACAACUGGAUGCCUGGGAGCCAAUUGUGUAUGCUGCAUUCCAGAUGUUUACCCAAUAAGAGAUCCCUCGUAACCUGCAACGACUGCACUUCACGGAAUAAGAGUAAUAAAGCAGUAAAAAAAAACAGUCAGAUCUUGCAAUACCAACUGCAAUUACCUCCUGAGGUCCCGAUUUCUGGAGAAAUAUUACAUUUGGCUCUGUUUUUCUUGCUUACAUUGCUUUUAAAUUCGGACUUUACAUUGGCUUCAUCUUCUGAUUCUUCUAUCUAUGAGAAAUGCAGGAGAAAUUGGACACGAACUUCUGCAAUAAAAUUUCACAAAAUU